CAACAUUGUUUGCAUGUAGCAUAUGGUAUAAACUCGCCAAUUAUCUGACUAACUAUUCAUUUGUGCGCAUUACGAAGAAGACAUCGUGAUAAUGAGAGCCAUGAUGUUAGUCCGGUCGAUAGUUAUUAUGCUCUGUUUGGUUUUACCGACUACAACAGCCCAAGAAGCACUAUCAGCUGAUGAAAUUAAUGAAAUCGAGGCUUCACUGGGGCAAAACAAGCGCCAGCAUCCACCCGGCUUCAGCCCUGUCGACCCGGAUCUAGUUCCACCCAUUCCAGGUCUGUGUCCAGAGAAUGGAUACGACAAGGUGUCAGCGGACUGUACGGGCAGUCAAAAAUAUCGUACUUUUGAUGGCUCAUGCAACAACCUUUUCCAUGUAAAUUGGGGUAAAGCUAUUGGACCACUUGCAAGAUUCCUGGAUCCAGAUUAUGGUGAUGGUAAAAGUUCACCACGAAGAGCCAGUGACGGUUCAGAGCUUCCUAAUCCGAGACUAAUUUCGUCGACGGUUACAAUUAAACAAAGCCCAGUUAGUGACUCGUUUACAGCGCUCGUGAUGUCAUUUGGACAAUUUCUCGACCAUGACUUUGCGCUGUCUCCUGAAAGUUUGGUUGUCUGUCCUGACUGUGUUAAAAUCGGCGAAUGUGACCCGAUCCCAAUCUAUGAUGAUUACUUCUUUUACGAAGAAACUGAAUGCUUACAUUUCACGAGAUCUCGAAGAGUGAAACCUGCAAACUGUGCCGAGUUUCCUAAAGAACAGCAAAACAUUGUUUCGUCAUACAUUGAUUUGUCCAUGGUUUACGGAUCCACACAAGAAGCCGUGGACUCACUUAGAGACCUCAACUCUGAUUUAGGACUCCUGCGCAGUGUUCCAAAUCCACUUUACCCGACGAGGAAAGAAUAUCUACCGUUUGAUGACAACAACACGAUGUGUGCCGAGGAUGGAGACAUCAAGUGUGGAUUGGCUGGAGACUUCCGAGCCCCGGAACAGGUCGGUCUGACGUCCUUGCACACUAUGUUCCUCCGAGAGCACAACAGAGUGGCGCGAGAAUUAGCAUCCAUCAAUCCUCAUUGGGAUGGUGAGCGUCUAUAUCAAGAAACAAGACGUAUCUUAAUUGCCAUGUGGCAAAACAUUGUCUUUAAAGAAUAUAUACAUCUGCUGAUUGGCACGGUAAGGGCAAACGCUUACGACUUGUUCCCGCGUUCACAGGGGCGUAUGCGCAAUCACUAUGACCCUACUAAUGACGUCACAAUACUGAAUGAGUUCUCAACAGCUUGCUUCCGUAUGGGUCAUAGCAUGAUCCCCCCUUCUUUCACCCGCUUAGACAAAUUUUACAAUGUAGCAUUCGAUACUCUUGAACUAAAUUUCGCCUUCUUCAAUGCUACGCAUAUGUUCGAUUUUGAUCAAGGUGGAAUGGAUUCUAUAUCUCUUGGAUUGACGGCUUCACCUCUUAUGAGAGUUGAUCAUUUCUUUUCCACGAAGAUAACAAAUCAAUUGUUUGCCGACCCAGCAGAAGGACCUGGCAGUGACUUGGUUGCAAUAAAUAUUCAACGAGGUAGGGAUCACGGGAUACCAGGCUAUACCGCUGUUCUCAAAAAAUGUUCUACCGUAGAAAUUGAAAGCUUUGAUGAUCUUCAGCCUUUCAUGUCAGAUGACGUCAUUGGGAAGUUUAAAGAUUUAUAUAAUGAACCGACCGAGGCUCCAGACGACAAUAACUUCGGCCAGUUCCCAUACUUUCCUCCUAGGCCUAAACCAACUGUUAUUAAUAAACGAGUUCAGUGUUCCAAUACUUUUAAAAUACCUAUCGUUAACCUGAACAAAUGGAAGGAAAACUAA